AUGAGUUCAAAAAAGCCUGAGGUACAGAAACUCGAAAACGCCAGCCCCGAUGUCUCUCACAUUGAGGAAGCUGAAGCACAGGAAAAGAGGCCGCCCCAAGAAGCUUUGGAUGACGACCCGGUCUAUAGCUAUGCCGAACAAAGGAAGAUAAUCCAUCGCAUCGACAAGCGCUUGAUUAUUCCUACGGGCGUCAUGUACUGCAUUAGUCUCAUGGAUAGAAGCAAUCUACCAAAUGCUGCUAUUGCAGGCAUGAACACUGAGUUGGAGAUGAAUGUUGGAUUUCGAUAUUCUACAGUAGCGCUGGUCUUUUUCAUCACCUACACAAUCUUUCAACCUCCCGCCACGGUUUUGGUGCGGAAAUUGGGUCCACGUCCGUUUCUUGCAGGGCUCUGCUUUGCCUGGGGCGCCGUUAUGAUUGGUUUUGGGUUCGUCAAUGACUGGGUAACCUUAAUCCCUCUUCGACUUCUUCUUGGUCUCUUUGAAGCCGGCUUCUUCCCGGGUUGCGUGUACAUCAUAUCGACGUGGUAUUCGCGCUUUGAUAUGCAGAAGCGAUACGCUUGUUUCUAUCUCAUCGGGAUCAUUGCCAGUGGUUGCUCGGGAAUUCUUGCGUACGGGCUUAUGCAAAUGCACGGACUGGCUGGGUACUGGGGCUGGCGAUGGAUCUUUAUCAUUGAAGGCAUUAUGACUUGUAUUGUCGCCAUCAUUGGAUACAUUUUCCUCAUCGACUUCCCCGAUCGAGUCAUGAAGAAACCUCACUGGGGUUUCCUCAACGAAGAUGAAGUCGCUUUCAUCCUCCGCCGAAUCGACAAAGACCGCAGCGACGCGACCGCGGAGAAGUGGAAUUUCAAGAAGUGGGCAGCCAGCGGCGCCGAUUGGAAAGUGUGGUCGUUUGCCAUGAUCUUCUUCUGCCUCACAACCAUCGCGUAUGCAAUCGGUUACUUUCUACCCAUCAUUCUCCAGGAGAACAUGGGCUUCAACGUCGCAGAGGCCCAGUGUCUGACUGCUCCCCCCUAUGCAGCCGCAGGAAUCUCUAUGCUCGCACUCGCCUGGGCAGGUGACAAGUAUCGCAUCCGUGGCCCUCUUCUGGCCGGAAACUGUAUCUUCGGACUCAUUGGCAUGCCUCUACUAGGCUUCGCAGAGCAAGCAGCCGUGCGCUUCUUCGGAAUCUUCCUCAUCUGCAUGUCCGUUCACGGCAGCAUCCCCUGCGCCAUGGCCUACCAAGCAAACAACAUCCGCGGCCACUGGAAACGCGCCUUUUGCUCCGCAACCCUCGUCGGCUUCGGCGGCAUCGGCGGCGUCGCCGGCUCCCUCAUCUUCCGCACCCAGGACCGUCCUCACUACCGCCCCGGCGUGUACGCAGGCAUCGCGUGUAAUCUGUUAGUCGUUAUUCUUAUUGGGGUUAAUACUGUGUACUUCCGCAGGGAGAAUAGGAAGGCGGAUAGGGGCGAGAAGGUGCUGGAGGGGGAUCCGAAUUUUAGGUAUACGAUCUGAGGAAGAGCUUGGAAAAUGAAUUACUUCAUAAUUAAGGAGAGGAGUCAUGGGAUAUCUGUGGGGCGAAAGAAGCUUGG